CGCCCCUUUAGAGGUCGGCUGGCUGCUCCGCCUUGGUGGCGUGCGGCCGUCUCCUGCUUUAGGUCUUGGUGUCGUCGCCGCGUUCCCCGUCUGCACCAUGGCUUUCGUAACGAGGCAGUUCGUGCGCUCCAUGUCCUCCUCGUCCGCCGCCGCGGCCUCAGCGAAGAAAAUCCUCAUCAAGCACGUGACGGUCAUCGGCGGCGGGCUGAUGGGCGCCGGCAUCGCCCAGGUUGCUGCAGCAACUGGCCACACAGUAGUGUUGGUGGACCAAACAGAGGAGAUUCUGGCAAAAUCUAGAAAGGGAAUUGAGGAAAGCCUUCAGAAAGUAGCCAAGAAGAAGUUUGCAGAAAAUCCCAAGGCUGGCAGUGAGUUCGUGGAGAAGACGUUGAGCAGCAUAUCAACCAGCACGGACGCAGCAGCCGUGGUCCACAGCGCAGACCUGGUGAUGGAGGCCAUCGUAGAGAAUCUGCAGGUGAAGAACGAGCUCUUCAAGAGGCUGGACAAGUUUGCUGCUGAACACACAAUCUUUGCCAGCAACACUUCCUCUCUGCAGAUCACAAGCAUAGCCAACGCCACCACCAGACAGGACCGAUUCGGCGGGCUCCAUUUCUUCAACCCAGUGCCCAUGAUGAGACUUGUGGAGGUCAUUAAAACACCAAUGACCAGCCAGAAGACCUUUGAAUCUCUAAUAGACUUCAGCAAAACCCUGGGAAAGCACCCUGUUGCUUGCAAGGACACUCCCGGGUUUAUUGUGAACCGUCUCCUGGUGCCAUACCUCAUGGAAGCAGUCAGGCUGUAUGAACGAGGUGAUGCGACCAAGGAAGACAUCGAUAUUGCUAUGAAGCUGGGCACCGGGUACCCCAUGGGCCCAUUCGAGCUUCUUGAUUACGUUGGGCUGGAUACUACAAAGUUCAUCCUGGACGGGUGGCAUGAAAUGGAUACAAAGAACCCUUUGUUUCAGCCCAGCCCAUCCAUGAACAAGCUGGUAGCGGAGAAUAAGUUGGGCAAGAAGACUGGAGAAGGAUAUUACAAAUACAAGUGACGUGCAGCCUCUGGCUCUGGGAGGAGGCUCCGGAAGCACAUACCAGCAGCUCCCCAAGUGCCCCAGGAAUGCUCUUUGGUCAGACGUUCCGUCACACAGCACGGUCUGUUAGAUGUGCAUUUUGAUUGUAAUCUGUCUGAACUAAUUAUUUACACUAGUUACAGUAAUAGCCGAUUCCUCCAUUGAGAACUACCCCUUUUCAGCCUGGUCAUUUCUGUGUAUUUUCUAAAAAGCUUUACACCCUACGUGCCUUGGAGCAAAUAUUUCUUUUGAACCUUGUCAUUUUUGUAAAGAGUUGCCUGAUCCUGAAUUCAUUCACUUGUAACGAGAGCACGCAGUGUCCAUCGUUGCCACGCGGGAGAGUCGCGAGCCGUUGACUCGGCGGCUGUGUCGAAGGAGGGCUGUGCGAGCAGCGCCUGCAUCUCGCCUUUACCAGAACACCUGCCCACAGCCUGACGCCUUACCCUGCUGUGGGCGGGACGUCAGCUGUCAUGUCUUGAUUCAACUCAUCAUCGAGAUUGCUGCUGCUGGGUUGGUGGGAAGACCUCCAUGUGGUUUGUUUUUUCAGGAAGAGGUUUCGUUCACGUCUGAAAUCCAAAUGAUUAUUGUCUUUUUUUUUUUUCAUGAGAAAUAAUUGCUGCAGUUUGACUCUAAUGAAAUGCAGUCUUUUAAUCUGUGAAAAUUUGGAUUGAAAUAAACAUGUAUAAUUCAAAAUCAUAAUAUGAGUAAGUGGUUAUAGAAGUAAAGGUUGGUAAUAUAAGUGGAA